AACACGGUCCUGAAUGGGUUAAAGAGUUUCAACCGUUAAAACCUCCUCCCCAACACAGAGGGACAAAUCGGCCAAUUACAAGCGAGGUACACUACAGCUUAUUUUACAUACAAGUUGUAUAAAUAAGCAAGUAUCUGCGUCACAGAAUUCAUACGUCUGAAAAACAAAAAUGCCUGAACAAGCCGCCAAAUCCGCUCCGAAGAAGGGCUCCAAGAAAGCCGUCACCAAGACUGCCAGCAAGACUGGAAAGAAGAGGAGAAAGACCAGGAGGGAGAGCUAUGCUAUCUACGUGUACAAGGUCCUGAAGCAGGUCCACCCUGACACCGGUAUCUCCUCCAAGGCCAUGAGCAUCAUGAAUUCGUUCGUGAACGACAUCUUCGAGCGCAUCGCCUCCGAGGCUUCCCGCCUGGCCCAUUACAACAAGCGCUCCACCAUCACCUCCAGGGAGAUCCAGACCGCUGUCCGCCUGCUGCUGCCCGGUGAGCUGGCCAAGCACGCCGUGUCUGAGGGAACGAAGGCCGUCACCAAGUACACCAGCUCUAAGUAAGCUGCUGUCAGCUCCUUCAAUCCAAACCAACGGCUCUUUUAAGAGCCAC